UGCACGUAAUGAGUUGUAAAUUUGAAAAUGUUUGUUACUGCUCGAUAGUUGACGACGAGCGAAGUCAUGGAGAAGCUAGAAUGAGUAGGAGAGAUCGUUUCACGCCGUCGUCUUGUAGCGGGGCCCCACUGAGCAACGACUCAGACCGACCGCGUCACAGGCAGCGACGCUCGAGCGACAGAAGCGACGUUUCGGGGCUCGGGGUGACAAUACGAGAACUAAAGUCGGAACUGAUGAAGAAAAGUCAACUGAACGAGCAACUGCAAGCAGACUACGACGAAACUCUUCAAAGAUUAGCCGAAGCCGAGCUGACAAUCGACCAACUGAGAUUCGGAGUGCAGAAACGAGUGAGAAAGACAGUCUACUACACGCUGAAAGAGAAGAGUCAACGCAGAGAGUCAAGAGAAGGAGAGAGACGGAGUGAGGGUCCGGUUGCCAUGGCAACGAGAGAGUCGGCCAACCAAACUACUGUAAAAACAAUGUAGUAGGUAGGACCUACUGGAUCAGAUUCAGGAGGGGUGAAGGGGGGAAAGGGAUGAAGGGGGGACAGGGAUGAGUGUGGAUGUUGUUGCGGAUUUGCAGAGGAUAGGAGACGAGGUGAAGAAGAUAGAGCAACAGAUGGUGAAUGUGAAGGAAAGUCAGGAGAAGCUUUAUGAAAUGAGAGGAUCAUUUAAAGGUGAUGUUAGGAGAAACUCAAGAAGCCAUUCGACAACAAGAAUCACAGACACCAGAGCCAGUAGCAAUAGAGGAAGCAACACAACAUGUGGAGAUAUCCUUACCACAGCAGAUAACAUUGCAAGAUGUGAUGGACAGGCAGUCGAACAGCUACAUAGUGACAUAUCACACAGACGUGAAGGAACACAAACAGCAACACGUGAUGUAGCUCAUCGUGAUGGUUCCGUUGAAUCUCAUCUCAGCAGCAGUGACACAUCAACAUCAUCCCAUCAUUCAUCUAUCCGCCCGUCUCACCCAACGGAAGCUGCAAUACAAACACAACCGACACUCUCACGUGAAUAUCUCUCACAAAGCGACGGUUUCCUCGUAACUAACGAGACACAAACCGACAAUCAGAGAAGGUCGCCAAUGGUCAGUCGUCUAAGGCAACCACAAGUCUAUAGACAUUCCACCAAGUUGCUUUACACGAGUGGGUGUGUUUGUCUGAGUUUGAUCUUGACUAACCAAUCAGAGCAGUCGGAUGUAGUGUCUUGUUCUCGUACUCACAUACAGAGUGAAGAACCUCACAGUCGGAGUCAAUCGAGUGACGAACGUCAUUGACGACGUUUACCAAACAGACACACCCACAUGUAGGAUUCUCAAUCGGAUCAAUACGAUGCAAACAUGUCACCUUUAGUGCCUCAUCCACACGACACACAACCAACAAGCCAAAGUCACACGAAAUCUCAAACCGAGACGGAACGACAAACUGUUGGUGUUCAGUAUCAUCGUAUGUGCCACAGCCGUCGCGUAUCCCACGGUUCUCGUCGCAUUGGAAGAAGCUGUCCAAUCGUCCUGGACUUAGUGAUUUGUUUGAUAGAGACAGUGGCUUUGUUGGGUCGUCUGUGCAGCCGAAAGACGAGCAACAACGUGCAACGACAUCCACGACUCACUUGAGUGUGUCUACUCAAGCGAAGAAUGUGGAGGAAGAGAGCGAUCCGGUAAGUGAGACGGAAAUGGUGCAGCCACGUGUGACUGGUACAACAUGUUUGUUGUACGAGUACAACAAAUACUCGAAUACGUACAACAGCCACCAGUGUCUAUGCCUUCACAGUUUCUGGGUCAGUAUUUUGGGUAUGCGUGUGGGAGAUCGUGAUGGUGGUGAACAGAGAGAAACAGCCACAGCCAGUUGUACAUGCAGACAGAUCCAUUGAUGAGGUUGCUGCUGCGACUUCAAGGAAGUCACUCAACUUCUACUCUCAGCCGACAGCAAUCUUCGUGACUACGAGGGAAACUCGCCGGUGGAUGUCGCCAGUAGCAACGCAGUGAAGCAGCUCAUGUCUCAACGACUGUCACUCUACUAAACAUACUUACACUUUCAACAUGGACCACAAGGCAUUUGUAUAGGAAACAUGGAUUGAUGUCACUCAAGCAAGUAUCACUACACGUACCAUCAUCGUUUAUGCCAUCACUUUAGUGUAGAUAUUUGAUUGAAGUCUUGAGUGUGGCGACAUAGGAAUGCACUGUACAGUAUGUAGGUCUUUUACUGUCUAGCUGUGAUAGACUGUAUGUGCAUACUUGUGGUCUUGUAUUAGAGCGCAGACUUCACUAAAGAUUAAAUUCUAUUUUAGUAAAUAAAGA